CUCGCUGUAAUGGAGUUGUUCAUCUUCAUUGUUUUUCAGCUCCUCGUGGAGGUUCAGACUCACAACACACUUCAGAAACCCUUCAUCAGUGUUAGUGAAGAUCAGCUCAGCAUAUCAUGUGAAAUACCAGCUUCAGUCAGAGCUGAUGUGUCCUGUAAUCUCUACACUGGAGAUGGUGCUUCUCUGAGCAGCCGUGACUCUCAGUGGAGUUCAUCUGGAGAACAUCAUCUUUGUAUGUUUUAUCAAACUCUUAGUGAACUCUUGAAAAGAUCAGGAAACAUCAGACAGUUGAGCUGUGAUUAUUCACUCAAGACUGAACCUGACAUCAGAUCUCCACACAGUGACCCAUACACAAGAGUUUCUCCAAACCCCACUAAACAGACUACAACAGCCAAGAAAACCUCAGCAUCAACUGUAAAAUCCACUUCUAAAACCACAACAUACAGGACACAUUAUUCAAAACCAAAUCUCCCAACCAGCACCACAAAGCAACCCAAAGAUUCAACAGUAAAGUCCACUGCAAAAGCUUCACCAGAAACAGACCCAAAAACAACAACAUCCACUGCAAAGGCUUCACAAGCAGACAAGGAAAAACAAACAGUUUCUGUCAUUUCCACGACUGAAACCUCAAUGGCCCCCAGGCAUGAUAAAGAAGCUACAUGGCUGAUACCACUGGUGUCCACUGCUGUUGGCGUCAUUUUAUGUGGAUUCCUCUGUCUGUGCUGGUUUGCAAGUAAAAGAAGAAGAAAAAACAAUAAAAUGAGAACAAUGAACUCAGAUGUAUCUAGUCAAGGAAUCGGUAUGAGUUGUUCUGGACCACCAGAGAUAUAUUCUCUCAUCACUUCUGCACCAGCCACAUCUCAACCCAUAUAUGAAGAUGUUUUGGUCAACAAACAACAGCAUCAACAAAAUACAGAGAAAAAUAAGAGUGUUGACCACCUGUACUCCCCCAUCCAUACACCAGUUCAGUCGAACUCUGGAGAUCAAGUAUACAGUUUGGUGAAGACGCACUAAUGAGGAGCCUCAAGAUUGGUUUUAUUUCACUGUGUACAGUGCAUCAGUUAUGAAUGAAGUGUUUUUACAUGCAGACAUAUUAUUUUUAUUAGUUAGUGGUUUGGAAUAUAUAGUGUGACCUCUGUGAACAUCCAGAGACCGAAACUGCCAUAUAAAUAGUGCCAUAAAAGGAGAAGCUAAACUAAAAAAAAGAUUUUGUACAAACAUAAUUUGGUCACUGAGGAUUAUUUAUAUUCUUAUUUUUAAACUCUAUUAUUAUGUCUUUAUGGUUUUAUGUUUAUACUGUAUGUAUACACUGAAAGCUUAAUUACUGUUGUGAUUAACAGGUGUAUUAUUGAUGUUAUCCGUGUUAUCUGAUGACAAACAAUUCUCUAUAAGAUAAUGUAUUGUGCUCCCGCUCUCUAGUGUUACUCUUGUGUACUUUUGUCUAUGCUAAUGUUAGUCAGAGAGAGAGAGAGAGAGGUAUUAUUUACUCUGGUUAUUUAGAGAUAUCCUGAUAAGAUAAAGAGAGUUUAGUUUGUUACUUUAGCCUGUUCCUCACCUGCAGUUUUGCUUCGCAGUUUUUAAAUAGUGUAUGUGUAUAUAUACUUAUAUGUUGAUUUAAAAUAAAGCAUCUAUUCUAAAGUGA